GUGACAUUACAACGAGUUCAGGGCGCAGUUGUGCGCAGGACUUCAAGCGAGACACACGUCGUUAUAGCCCUCGAAGCAAGGAUUACUACGUAAAAAUUAAAAUCAAGGCAUUAGUUAAUAAACAGUAGAAAAAUGCUUAACUUUCAUGGGAACAACGUUCAUUUGAACUAUGCCAAGAGAUGUGUAUUCAACAUUAUCUGUUGCAUGCUGCUGGCGUUACUUGCGGACAGCGCUGAAGGACUUCAGCUGAGCGCCUUUACAACGAAAACGCCGAGGGUCUCCAAAUACUCCACCAAGUCGCCAUCAGCAUCCUCGAUGAACCAUGAUGCGACUACUUCGAUUUAUCGCUUCAAUGCCACAAACGGCAUCACCUGCAUUCUGAUGCAGGUGGACGGAUUGAUAAGUAUCCGGUAUCGAAACAAGCUGAACGAGGAUGUCGAGGCCGAUCUGUAUAUGCCGGACAGUCCGCAGCUGAGCGGUGAAUGCGUCGAAUCCAAUUUGGAAAUAUUGACCAUGGACUUCAAGGGAUUUACGCUGUCGAUGACAUUCAAAAAGUCGUCGGGCGGCGAAGGCUGGUACAUCAACCUCUUUGAGCUGACAUACUCGUCAUCGAAUUCCCUAUUCGAACAUCCCGACCGUCCCAAUUUGAAUGUGAAGCUAACCUCGCCAGCGCAGACGCCCAUGUACUUCCCAACGCCCGUGGGCAAGUCCUAUCUCUGUGACAAGGAGCAGACCGUCAUAUUGUAUGCACCCCACGAUUCUGGCGACCAGUCUGGCCAUAUUGCACGCCUCUACCUGCGCGACCUGCACAUGCAGAGCUUCAUGUUCAAGGAGAGCGGCAAGUGGGGCCCCUCCUUUCACUGUAGUGCCACCGGUUCCUAUCGCGACGAGACGGCACCUCUGGCCGUUGGCACUGCGCUGGCCAUUGCGGUGCUCUUGACCAUUUCCGGCUACGGCGGGUGGCGGUAUUUCAAAGUCAAGAAGGUUCAAUACGGUUCGAUGGAGUAAACAGAAUAUUUAUGUACCGGCAUUUUUUUCGUUUUUCAAUUACUUUCAAAUCAAAUCUUUGUACCGUUAUUUGUUGCAUAUCAGUAUUGAGGUAUUUAAAUAAUGAAUAUAAAAUUAUGUUCUCAAACCUAAACGAAAUUGUGAGCGAGCCUCACAGAAAUAUAACUGUUACAAAGGAAUGAACAAAAACCUAUUAAAGAAAUACAUAUACAUAAA